AUAAUUCUUUGGACAAUAGUGAAUCUAUACAAGAAAUGGCAGUUAUUAUUCAAGACAUUCAGGAAAUGCCUAAAGGUGUAACAUUUUCUCCUGAAAGUGGAUUAAAACUUUACCUUCUUAUUUGUGAGGCCAAGCGGUUAAAUGUGCCAUCAAAUGGAGACUAUAAUAAGCUAUGCAGAAUGCUUCAUGAUGCCGCCAAUAGCUUCAUUUUGUAUUGGGUCAAAAAAAUUCGAAAGAUUCCAUUAAAGUUAAAAAAAUUGUUUUGUGAAAUGCAAUGGAUUGGACUGUUUUCAAAAGGCAGCGAAGAUAAUAAAAUUCGGGUUAUUACAUAUCCGAAUUCUCAUCCGGUUAAACUUCCAAUUUCUCAUGAUAUUAAAAAAAAUCAUGAUAUUGCUGGCGCAUUUGAAGUUUUCUUACAGAUUGAGAACCAUGAAGUAAUAAAAGAUAUACAAGAAAUUGUUGACAGAGCCGAAAUAGAAGAAUAUGACCUUUCCGAAAACAAGUUGGAGUAUCUUACCAAAAUAAUUAGUGAAUCACCUCCUUCUCCACAGAAACGCAAAUUGUAA